AUGGAAGAAUUCAGAGAUUUGUCACCAUGUGGAUCAAUAUCUACGAAUGAUAUUAUUAAUCUUCUUCGUAUUUCUGCACAACAGCAAUACAAUGCCAAAGAACGCUGUGAAAUGAAUAUCAUCGUUGAACAAAAUGCUAGAACUCUUUUCGAACAAGAUUAUAGAUGUGAAAUAAUUUUGAAUACGAAUGGUGAAUUAUCAUUGUCUUAUCCACAUAAUAUUUCUGUACCUGUUGUUGACAAAUGGUCUAAAGUUCAAACUUCAAAAAUUCAAUCAUCAGUUAAUAUUCGUGAUUUAUUCGUUCGAUCACGUAUUGCUCGAUGUCGAUCACGUUUUGUUGCACCUGUUAUAUUUGUCGAUGGAAAAUACAUAUGUCGAUCAUCUACUCUCUCGUCUUGGGCUGAAAUAUAUUCUCGAUCGAGUAUGGAUCGUUUUAUAGGAACUCGAAAUCAAUCAGUAGUCAAUCCUUCGACCGUCGAUCGUACUCUAACAAUUGAUAAUGACGAUACUUUUAAUAAUGUUGAACAACCUGAACAACGUACUAUCUAUGAUGAACUUCGCGGUGCUGAUAUCGAUCUAUUAAAAAUAUAUGAUGUCGGUUCAAUAGUAAAUUUAAUGGUACAAAAGAAAUAUACUCUAUUUGGUAUGAAACUUACAGGAUCAGAAAAAUUCGAUAAGUACAAUCGAUAUGGAUCAUUUGAAAUGAUACUACUUCCUUAUCCUGGAUGUGAACAUUUUCGAGAAUUAGUCACAGUAAAAUAUAAUGCUGAACUUAUGUUCUACAAGUGGUCUCUACCAAAAAAUGAUGCCAUACUUGAAAUACCUAUUCAUCUUUCGUCAUGUCUAUACACUGAUUGGUCAUUUUGGCGAACAUGGAAUUCUGUUGAACUUACAAAGAACUACUUACAAAUAAUACUUUAUCAACUUGAAACACAUAAAUGUGGUAUUCUCAUUCAUUGUCUAUCAGGUUGGGAUCGAACACCAUUAUUUAUAUCUCUUCUUCGGUUAUCAUUAUGGGCUGAUGGUUGUAUUCAUCAAUCACUUACAGUCGAAGAAAUUCUCUAUUUAACACUUGCAUAUGAUUGGUAUUUAUUUGGACACAAUCUAUCAGAACGAUUGAAGUUUGAUGAAGAAAUUCUCUAUUUUACUUUCAUUAUGCUUCCACAUUUGGUUGAAAAUGAAUUCGUAUUUCAACCAUCAAAUAUCACUAAUAGACAAUCGAUACUGGUAGCAACUGAAUCCAAUAGUCAAUGCUCAUCAGGAUAUCAUUGUGUCUAUCCCGACAUUGGAAAAGAUUCAACAAAGAAGACAAUUCGUAAAGAAAAAUUACUUGCUGUCUCUAAUCUAUUUCAUGUCUGCUAUCUAACUGUGGUACCCAAUGAUUCAAACAAGCUUGACCCUCAACGACUAGGACUACAUGUUGCUCGUUCAAUUAAGAACUUUUUCAUCCGGUGA